AUGAAAAAGAUUUCUUCAAAAUUGAAUAUUAUUAAUCAACAACAAAUUUUAAAAAAUCCUUUUGUUUUUAAAACACCAUUUGAAACUAGACAAGACAGAGAAAGUAUUAAUAAUAAUAAUAAUAAAAAAUAUAAUAAUAAAAAUAAUAAUAUCCUUUUCUUUAGUAGAUUCUUUUAUGGUAAUUUUAAGAGUAGUGAUUCCAUUGAAAAAGAGCGUGUAAGAGAGAAACUUUUAUUUGAAUUUGCAGCUCCAUAUUCAUUAGCAUUAAUUUGUAUGUGGUGCUAA